GCAUGUGGGCCAGGUGGCCCCACAUGCCAGUGGGUGAUCAUCACACGCAUCGGCUCUCCCUUUCGCUCACUUUCCCCUCACUGUUUCCCAGCUUCUCUCAACCGAGAAGGAAGGAUUACGAGAGUCAAAGCUCCGCCAGCAAUGGCCGUCGCGCGCCCCGCCGAGCGAGAAGUCCGAGGCGGAAAUGGAGAAGAAUCUGAGCUAGAACUAGUGUCCGCAGCCUAACACCUGGCUCCGAUGCUCGAUCGAACGAACCCCUCCCCCGCCAUGAGAGACCCGAAGCAGAAGACAGCAAGAGCCCACAAGCCGCGCCACCUCCACCUCCUCGACAGGCUCAGGACGCGCCACUUCUACAGGUGGCGGUGGAUCCUCUGGCUGGCCCUCUCCGCCUACCUGUUCCUCCCGGCACUGCCCCCCUCCCGCCGCGGCCCCGGCUCCGAGCCCCGCCCCGGCGUCCGGAUCUACGCCUACGACCUCCCGCCGCGCUUCAACCGGCGCUGGGCGGCCGCCGACGCGCGGUGCUCCCGCCACCUCUUCGCCGCCGAGGUGGCCGUGCACGAGGCGCUGCUGCUGCGGCAGCGGCGCGCGGGGCUGCGCCCCGAGGAGGCCGACCUCUUCCUCGUGCCCGUCUACGCCUGCUGCAACUUCUCCACGCCCACGGGGCUCCCGUCGUUGGCGCACGCGCGCGGGCUGCUCGCCGACGCCGUCGGCCUCGUCCGCGCCCAGAUGCCCUUCUGGAACCUCUCCGCUGGGGCCGACCACGUCUUCGUCGCGUCGCACGACUUCGGCGCCUGCUUCCACCCCAUGGAGGAUGUGGCGAUGGCCGCCGGUAUCCCGGAGUUCUUGAAGGGGUCGAUCCUACUGCAGACAUUCGGCGUGCAGGGCCGGCACCCUUGCCAGGACGUGGAGCAUGUGGUGAUCCCGCCCUACGUGCCGCCUGAGCUGGCUCCUCGGGAGCUGCCGGAGCCGGAGAAGGCGCAUCGGGACAUAUUUGCCUUCUUCCGGGGCAAGAUGGAGGUCCACCCCAAGAACAUCAGUGGCCACUUCUACAGCAGGAAGGUGAGGACUGAACUUCUGCGGCUGUAUGGCCGCAACCGCAAGUUCUACCUGAAGCGGAAACGGAACGACGGCUACCGGUCGGAGAUGGCGCGCUCCUUGUUCUGCAUCUGCCCGCUGGGGUGGGCGCCAUGGAGCCCUCGUCUAGUGGAGUCGGUCCUCCUGGGCUGCAUCCCCGUCGUCAUCGCAGAUGACAUACGCCUGCCGUUCCCCGGCGUGCUACGGUGGCCCGACAUCUCGCUGCAGGUGGCCGAGAGGGACGUGGCCGGCCUCGAGGCGGUGCUAGACCACGUCGCGGCGACCAACCUGACGACGAUUCAGGGGAACCUGUGGGACCCCGUGAAACGGAAGGCGCUGGUUUUUAACCGGCCGAUGGAGGAGGGAGACGCCACCUGGCAGGUCCUCAAGGAGCUUGAGGCGAAGCUGGAGCGGCUGCGACGGCAGGGGCGGAGGAGGAUCCAUAUCUAGCACUGAGAGGUCCUACCCGCUCCCUUGAAGCCGUGCUGAACGUGAAGGGCGGUACCGAGGACAAAGAUCUAAAUCGAACGCUACUACGACAGCAAGCUCGUUUUGCCUUUCAUCUGAGCGAAGUGAUUCCUCAAGAUGAGGUUAAACAAGCGAAUCAUCGGUCGCAAGCACGAUACCAGGCGAUCGAAAAGGAGGAGAAAGAACAACGGUAAUCAAAUGUCAAAGCCAGCUUUCCUGGUUGAGAUUCACAUUUGGGAUGAAAGGUCACUAGAGCUCGGGCGGUUGAAAUUGGUCCCAGGUAGGGGAGGACAUCAGUGGCACUGGAAUAAUUCGUACGUGCGCAGGGAAGAGAACACAAGCAAGCACACCACGCUGGAGGUGGCAUACGGCAUAGUAGUCUCCUCCAUCAAGGCUACGAUCGCCGCCAGAAGGGUUCAAAUGCCGAUUCACUGCCUAUAGCGCCAGCAUGGAUAGUCUUGUUGCUGCCAAUGACGCGAUCAAGCUCUCACGACAUGUUUCUAUUGAAAGUUCGGAGCAGCUGGUGGCGACCGGGUUGCGACAAGGAAGGUGUUCUUCACGCCUGAGGACGGCGGUCGGAGCUAUGGUGAGCUUGACAUGAGCUUCUGCAAAAUGAAGUUGCCAUCGCCUGGUCGCUUUUCCUCCCUUAUUUCCUGAGAAAGAUUUACUUGUAGAUGAGGUGAGAAAGAUUUUCUUGUAGAUGAGGUGUCUGGCGAGGCUGGUGCCAUCACUGAAUACCAGCAGGAGCUAGUGGCUAGUUGCUUCUGAAAUGCCCGUGUUCGGGAGCUCAUUGUUUACUUAACAUAAUUCCCUUUCUGGUUGUUGAAUUUGUUCAUCAAGUAGUGUUUACUUUGAGCAAACUGAUAAAUAUGUUUCAUUUUAUUA